AGAAUGGGAGGCGAUGACAUACAAAGAAUACUCGCAUUGAGUUGUGAGUACAUGUUCCCAUUCUUGGCAAUACUGGGUGUUUUUGGUAAUUCUAUCACAUUAUUUGUCUUGCUUAGUAGAUCAAUGAGAAACAGCACAAAUGAAAUGCUGGCGGCAGCAGCUUUUAGUGACAUCCUCUACAUUAUUUGUAUGGUUCCAAAUCAGUUGAGUCGUUGGCCGUCAAUGGUUCUUUCCGACUGUCCCGAUAACCCAGAGAGAAAAUGUGCAUCGGAAUAUCACAUGUGGUUUGCAGUUCACAAACAUCAUCUAGCUUUUCUUGCAAACUGGUUUUCUGCGGCUAGCACUUGGUUCAUUGUGACGGUAUCAUUUGACCGACUAUACGCGAUAAAGGCUCCAUUUUCUGCUCGACUGCAAACAAUUUGCCCAAGACAUAACCUUGUUGCGAUUCCACUAAUCCUUUUCUUCACGGGUGCAAGCUGCUUUCAUAUGAAUUUCAAACUGCUUGAUGACCAUGCAGGCUCUGGAAAUUUUACGAAUUCAACGAUGGAAAAUAUUGAAGAUAACAGAAUCACUUUGAUCCAAGUAAUGACAGUUUUCAUGUUCAUCUUCCACAUUCUGAUCCCAAUGAUUCUUUUAAUAUCAUUUCAUACUUGCUUGCUGUAUUAUCUUCGUAACCGAUUUAGGCACUUCUUUCCGGCUCGAACAAGAAGUGCAAGAAACUCGACAAGAUCCGAUGACGUCCCUGCUCCACUUUUAUCCAACGUAACCGAUCGAUCGGAAGUAGUGCGACAUCAUUCUUCUAACAGUGGUGUUUGGAAUCGCCAUGUGAACAAAGCCGAACGUCAUGUAACUUAUACGGUCAUAGCAAUUGUCACAUGCUACAUUGUUUCACAUAUUCCAUCUGCAUGCCUAUAUGUUUACAUCAACCUGUUUCAUAACGUUCUUUACUCAACAAGAUGGAUGUACACAAGUGUUCAAGUUUCCACAACCGUUGUCACAUGCUCCAAAGUUGCAAAUUUCAUACUUUUUUGCAUGAGCAGUAAACAUUUUCGCAAAGAAAUGAAAAAGAAGUUGUGCUUUCUGUCGUGCAAAUACAAAGAUGGAAUCAGUGGAAAAGAUAGUGCAAAUCAGCCGAGAACAAGAUUCAGAUCCCUCCCUCUGAACAUCAUUGGCGAUUCAAGUAACAACUGUUCUCACGAUUGAAUGCGGCGUUCCAUUUAUGUCAUUUUCUCAAAAAAUGCAUUAGACUUUAAGAAAUUAGGCCGGAAAUUGUUUUAAUUGGAUCUAAACAUAUCAGUUAACUGCGAGAUGUGUGACAACUAUUUUCCCAACACCUUUUGUUUAGGAAUAGUAUUAGAUUUGAGAUUUUUUAAAUGAUCAAAUAUAUUAACGUUUUGUUCAAUUGUUAAAACUAAAUAGAAUAUUAAACUUCACCGACAUUUCACAGAACGUGAAAUCUAAAACUAUACUUAAGACAUAGUUAUCUCAAUAUAGAAACACGAUCUUUUUCACUCUUUCAACUGGUUUCAUAUUUUUGUUCAUACGGAUUUUUAAAAAUUUUACAUACCUUUGAUGUUGAACUGUAUCCGAAUGUUUAAUUCUCUUUUCUUUCCAUUUGGUUUUAUUUUGUAAGACCACAUCAUAUUGCUGAUAAGUUAUAUUUCCAUUUAAUUGUUUUCUUAAAAAAAUAAAAAUAAAACUUUUUUGUACAGUUCCAU